AUGAUUGUUGCUGUGAUUACUGAUCAUCUAAGACAAAAUCAUUGGUUUUUAAUAAUUGCUAACAAGAACUAUAAUGGAAAGCGGGGAAAGAAUGUUGCUCCAGUGCUACUCGCUCAUGAGCCCAAACAUGGGUGGCUUACAAAUCAAAUUAAAAAAACCCCAAAUCUUCUAAUUACAGGUAAACCGAAUAUGUGGCUGGUUCUGAUUUUACUUUAUUGGCCUGUAUUAGUUGAAGGAAAUUUUUUGAACAGAAAUGUUAAUCCUGAAGCCAGACUGAAUUCAAAACAGCUCAUCCAGUACUGGAAAUAUCCUCUUGAGGAAUAUUAUGUGGUUACGGAAGAUGGCUAUAUUCUCAAUUUAUUCAGAAUUCCACAUGGCAGGGAAAACCACACAACCACAAGUCCAAAGCGAGUAGUGUUUCUACAGCAUGGCUUGCUGGUGGAUGCUGCCCAAUGGUACCAAAAUUUUCCUCAUAAUAGUCUGGCUUUUAUGUUAGCAGACGGUGGGUAUGAUGUCUGGCUAGGAAAUAGCCGAGGGAACACCUGGUGCAAGAAUCACACAUCUCUUUCUCCCUUGUUUCAGAAGUUUUGGAAAUUCAGUUACGAUCAGAUGGCUAAAUAUGACCUUCCAGCAUCUAUAGAUUUUGUUCUGCAGAAAACUGGGCAGCAACAACUUUAUUAUAUUGGCCACUCCCAAGGAACCACCAUUGCUUUUAUAGCUUUUUCAUCCAAUAAACAACUGGCUUCCAAAAUCAAACUGUAUAUGGCUUUAGCGCCUGUUGCUACUGUUAAAAAUGCUAAAAUACCUAUAGCCAAAUUUGCAAAACUUUCUGAGGCAAAAAUUAAGAUCUUAUUUGGAAAAAAAGAGUUUUUGCCCAAAACCUAUUUUGGUACUUUGCUUACUACCAAAGUCUGCAGUCCUAAGGCACUGGUGUCUGUUUGUAGUAACCUAUUAUUUGUAUUGCAUGGUUUUAAUGAGGAGAACUUGAAUAUGGCCAUCAACACUGGUAAAUUUCAAGCUUACGAUCACGGAAGGCUUGGAAAUAAAUUUCAUCAUGGACAGGACUCGCCUCCUGAAUACAAUAUAUCAGCUAUGACUGUACCAACAGCAAUUUGGAAUGGUGGAAAUGACUGGCUUUCUGAUCCUGAUGAUGUGAAUCAAUUAAUUCCCCAAAUUCAAAACCUUAUUUCCCACAAAUUUAUUCCGUGGAACCAUCUGGAUUUUAUGUAUGGUAUUGAUGCACCUGAUAAAUUGUAUUAUGAAAUAAUGGACUUACUCCAGAGGAAUCCUUGA